AUGACUACACGUUCAGACCUCCUAAAACCAAUCCACCUCCUCAUAAAAGCCCUAACAAACCCAACCCCAAACCCCAAACAACUCCUCUCAACCUUCACAACAUUCCCCAAACCUCUAGUCCACGAACACGGUCUCCCACAACUAGCACCCUUCCUAGGCCGCCCCUUCAUCGGCCAAGAUGGAGUAGCAACUUACUUCGAGCUCAUCGGCUCCCUUCUUUCCAUCAAAAACAUGGUCUUCGAGCCUGAGGAAAGCUGGGUGGUUGACGAGAGCUGCAUGGCCGUUUCGCUGCGCGGGACAGCGACGUUCUGCUGGAAAGAGACGCGGCAGGCGUGGGAUGAGACGUUCAUUUAUCGUAUUAAGCUUGCUGUUGAUGGUGGUGGGAUUGGGGAGGGGUGGUUGGCGAUUUGCGAGUAUCAUGUUUGGGCGGAUACUGGGGCUGCAUAUCUUGCUAGGCUUGGGAGGUUGGGGGAUUUAGUUGAAUCUAAUAGUGGGGAGGGGAUAUAUCUGGAUUUUGAGACUGGGUAG